GUCUUUGUUUCUACCUGCUGUUGGGAGAUGUCAUGGUGACACUGAAUCUUGUGUGAGGAGGUGCUUGUUCCCUAUAGGAAUAUGAGGGAGUGGUGCUCCAGGUUUAGCUCUCUUGAGCUUUCUCAACUGAAGGCCCAAGUUCAAGCCCCUCAUCUAUUGUGCAAAGACCUGAGGAAGCACAUACAAAUUGACUGCAAGUUCUCCAGGGAUGGAUUCUCUGGGGCAUAUGAUUCAGUUUCAUAAUGUUCCAGAUUCAGUGCGAAGUGCAUUGAAUCACUGAGUUGUGUUUAUGGGAAGGUGGCUUCUGACUAGACAUGAAACUUCUGACCAAAUAGUGAACUUUAUUGUCAGAGUCUAUAGGUAAGGAAGUAAAGGUUCUGCUGUGUGCUUGUUAGUGGGUUUUCCAUUUGUAGUUCAUCUUCUACUGAUAGAGAUACCAUUGAAGUUAUGUCUCAGUGCUCAGGAAUUACUAGACACAGAUAAAGCAUUUGAAUAAGUAAGACUCUUUGGUGUUGAUGCUCCUCAAUUUCUUUUUUCUUUCAGAGACAAAGUUGGGGCAAUAGAGAUGUGUACUUGGAAUGCACUAAUCCUGAAAACUUAGAAGAUUGCAACUGGGAAGGAACUUGGUAAAUAAGUCCAACUCCAACCUUUUUCACCUGGAAUGUUGACAUGAUCUUCCUAAGUAUUCCAUGUCAGAGAAUAAUCAAGAGAGCAUUAGGAUGUUCUAAGUUACAGAAAAAAUGUGGAGCACCAAUGGUUUGUUGCUCUUUCCAUCAUGAACAUUUUGUUUCAUAUAUUCUUUUAAUUAGUCCUUCACAGGUUUUCCACUUUGUUUAUAUGAUACUCUAAGUUUUCUAUUUUCAGCACUUACCACUUUUAAAAUUUUUAGCUGAAUACAUAUUUCUCUUUUUUCCCCCACUAGAAAUGGGUUUAAAUAUUCGAUCCUAUUUUUAUUGAUUUAGGUGAUUUUUGACAACCAAAAUAUAAUUACUAUGGUUGAUACAGACAUUUGAUUUUAAUACAAGACUAUAGGCAAAUUCAGAUAUAUAUAAGUCAACCCACCAUGGCUGUCUGCUGAUAUUUUAAUGAUUGGUACCCAAGGCAACAUUUUAUGUUUUCAAUUGCUCCUUCUGUCUUCCUGAUUCCUCAUCUCCCACAGAUGUCAUUCCCUGGUUUUCAAGCUAUCACAGAAACCUAGAAGGCCUCCAUUCUAGUGCUAAGUUGUCAUCAAUUACAUUUUGACUUGAGUAAGUCGGCCUUCCUCCUGUCUAAUUGCCCUUCCACCUCUGACUUCUUGUGAUGUAGUUUUUCAUCUCUCCUCAUUUAGACUAACCUUUUCCUCACUGAAAACUCUAAGACCACUGUAAUUAAUCUUGUUGCCCAAUAGUGUUUAUACUGAUUUAGCUUGUCAUAUAGAUAGAAUAUUCCUUAAAGGCAGAGUCUGCAUUUUCCUAAAUUUUGUUUUCAUUUGUUCAAGAAGAAAUUGGUUUUGCAUUUGUUAUGGGUCAGAAAUUGUUGUAGGUAUUCUUAAUAUAAAACAUAAUCUUUGCCCUCCUGGAGUUUAUAUUUAAUGAAAGAAUAUAUAUAUAUGUCUGUAUAUGUGUCCAUGUCUGUAUAGAUGUAUAUAUAAAAGUAGUAAAUAAAAUGUCUGUAGAAGAUAAUGAAAAAAUAGAGCAUGGUAUGAGAGGUAGGAGUUAGAACUACUGGCUUAGGGAGUGAGGCCUUGUUUCCCAUUUUAGGUUGUGUGAUUUGCUCUCUGUUGAGCUCUGGUGUCCAAAGUGUGCCUUGAAGCAUGGAGGCUAAAAAUGGCAGAUGGUCAAUCAAUGUUGGUUGAAUAAUUAAUGAUUAAUUGAACACUAUGAUGAGAAAUUUAAUAGGAAGGAAGAAAGAGAGGACAGCAAAAGGGAACUAGAAGGGAAACUUUUAAAUUAUAAGUUUACAAUGAGUAAAACAUGAGCAUUUCUUUAAAACAUAUGACUAUAGGGAUAUACCAAGGAGAACUGUACCCCCCACCAAUUUCUCAUCUGGAUGAAUUUCUAUGUAUUUGUCCAGGUACAGUCUGAGCAAAAAUCAAGUGUAAAGCAAAUUCACAUAGUUAUGGAUCACCAAAGGCAGGAACCUCAGAAGUAAACCCUCUUUGUGUGUUUCUUCAGUGUUGUCACGUUUAACCAAGCCGUACACAGUCAUUUUGAACUAAUCAAUAGUUAUAACAACUGCAUAUCAUCUUUGUUAUACUUAGACUUAUUAAAAUUUUAUAAAAUUAUAUGUGGGUUAUCUUGUUCCUUUUGUGACUUCUUGAGACUAUAUUUUUAAUUAAAAUUUUUAAUCUGUUAACAUUUUUAUUAUGGUAAAAUAUAUGUAACAUAAGUUUCACUGUCAGUAUAUAAUUCUGUAGCAGUAAGAACCUACUGUAAUUUUAUAUUUAAGGAAGUUCAAAUUGUCUUAUCUUUUCCAUUUUUGAAAAUAUUUAAAUAUUUCUCUGUCCAGAGCCUUUUGAAUGAAAUGACAAUAGCCUUGGCCCACAUUUACUUUUCAUUUAUGUCUCGACUUUCUCAUCAGAACAAGCAGAUAUGAGCCUGGACACUUUAAUUUUGUGGUCUUAAAUUUCAUAUUUACAUAAAAUUAGGAAAAUAGGUGAUACCUUUAGAAACGUUAUAUAAGUGACAUCUAAGUUACAAUAUAUUCCUACUUACUUUAACAUUAAAUUUAAAUUCCAAACUAUUAGUAUGCAAGUUACAAUAAAACUUAGACAUUAUUUUGUAUAUAUCAGAUAGGAUUUCUAAGCUACAGUAAUUGGUCAUUCUCCAAAAUAGCCAAGCUUCUAUCUAGAAAUUUGCCAAAAUUGCUAAAUUUCUAUCAGGAUGGGCUUCUCUUUUCUUCUUCUGCUCAGAUUGUUUGGGGUGACUGCAGACCCCGACUCAGAGCUAUUAGACUGUAACUUUGUACUAUAAUUUAUACAAUAUGUUUUAUAACUAUGUUCUUGAAAACAAUAUAUGCUCCACUGUUGACAUGAAAAUGCAAAACCAAAGCUCUGUGGUUGAAUUCAUCCUCCUGGGCUUUUCUAACUUCCCUGAACUCCAAGAGCGGCUCUUCGGGGCUUUCUUGGUGGUUUACCUGGUGACUCUGCUGGGAAAUGCCAUCAUCAUAGUCGUCAUCUCCCUGGAACAGAGCCUGCACGUCCCCUUGUACCUGUUCCUCCAGAACCUGUCUGUGGUGGAUAUGGGUAUCAGUGCGGUCAUUAUGCCUGUUAUACUGGUGAUCCUUUCCACUGAGAAGAUGAGGAUUUCUAUUUUGGGCUGCCUUGUACAAAUGUAUCUCAUACUCACUCUUGGUGUGACUGAAUGUUUUCUUCUGGGGGCAAUGGCUUUUGACCGAUUUGCUGCAAUCUGCCAUCCUCUGAGCUACCCAAUGAUUAUGAACAAAAUGGUUUUCAUGAAAUUAGUUACAUUCUCAUGGGUCUCAGGGAUCACAGUGGCUACUGUGCAGACCACAUGGGUGUUUAGUUUUCCCUUUUGUGGCCCCAAUGAAAUUAAUCACAUCUCUUGUGAAACUCCAGCAGUGCUAGAGCUGGCAUGUGCAGACACCUUUUUGUUUGAGAUCUAUGCCUUCACUGGCACCAUUCUGACAAUUAUUGUUCCAUUCUCGUUGAUACUCUUGUCUUACGUUCGAAUUCUCUUUGCCAUUCUGAAGAUGCCAUCAACCACUGGGAGGCAAAAGGCCUUUUCCACCUGUGCCUCCCAUCUCACAUCUGUUACCCUCUUCUAUGGCACAGCCAGUAUGACUUACUUACAACCCAAAUCUGGCUACUCCCCAGAAACUAAGAAGCUGACGUCAUUGGCUUACUCUCUUCUUACACCUCUGCUGAAUCCACUGAUCUACAGCUUGCGAAACAGUGAGAUGAAAAGAGCUUUGAUGAAAAUAUGGCAAAGAAAACUGGAUUUGCAUAUAUUUUGACUUGCUGAGAAGCCAUGUGAUAUAUAUUCACUGUCUGACCAAACUCUAAUGUAAUAAUGAUGAACUAGUUUAUAUUUCUUGAUAUAAAUAUAUUUAAUUUGUUGAGUUCCCCAAGUUUGAAUAUAUGUCAGGGAGCUCUCUGUUUCUAAAGGAUAUUCACAUUUAUUUUCUCUAGGUGCCUAAGUUUGAUGACAUAUCUAAGGGAUAUUCACAUUCAUUUUCUCUAGGUGCCUAAGUUUGAUGACAUAUGAUAUAAGAAUUUAUUUGCCUAUUCCUCUAUCAUGCACAUUCAAGUUUUACCAGAUUAUUGUCCUUAAGAUGAUGCUUUGAUGAACAACUAGUUCCAUAUGUUCAUAUUUACUAACAUCUUAUUUCUGUAGGACAUAGGCCUGGGCCUCAUGGGAUGAAGAGUAUGUGUGUUUAUAAAUUUUAGUAGCUAUUACAGAAUUAUUUUUCACAGUCACUAUAAAUUCUUCAGAUGGACCCGAAGGCCCACUCUGCUGCACUAAAAGGGUGGAAUUCCAGACACUAAGAAUAGAUGAGAUUUUAAUUUCUAGGAUGAAAACUUGUUCCAUGAAUGUGUAAACAAGGAGCAGUUGUUUUGAGGAGACCAAACUGUUUUGCUUAAUGGACUCACACAGGUUAUAAUUCAAAAUAGAGUUUCUCUUGGUAUUUUUACAAUAGAAAUGGGACCUAAGAAGUGGCCCAAGGUGAAGAAUUGAUAGGACAAAGAAACAAAGUCUUGGGCGCUCAUUCAUAAAGAAAUAAUUGCUUGAUAUACUUUGCAGCCAUAUUAAUAGAUACUUGCAGUUUAGUAUUUUUACAUAUUUUUGGAGAACUGAGCCUUUUCUCAUUAUAAAGUGACUCUUUUUUCCUAUUACUGGAUCUAGAUUUGGGUCCACUUGUCCAGUGCACAGCAAUGAAAAUCUAUGAACAUUAGAUUGUUGUGAAAGAAAGCACAGCAUUUAUUGCAGGGCGCUAAGCAAAGGCAAUGGGCAGCUCAUACGCAAAAGACCUAACUCCCUAAUGGCUUUCAGGGAAGGAUUUUUAAGGUGAUAUGAAAAGGCGGGCCAGAGGGUACAUGAUCAACUUGUGCUCAAUUCUCAGAUUGCUUGGUAUCAAGGUGAAAUUUUGAGCAUCAUCAACCUUCUGGUCAACUGGUCUUGGGACUAUGUGCUGUGGUUAGCAGUUUUCAUCUGGUAGGGGUCAGCUUUCUAUCCAAACAACUUAGGAAUGUGUGUCAGAGCUAUAUCUAUAUCUUUCAGCAGGAAACUGGGAGUUCAAUCACUCUGCUAUGUGGUUGAUUUAUAGUCAAAAUUACUACCAAUUUCCCAGUCUAACAGCUAUUCUUUGUUACUACAUGAUCACAUUUCAUAAUCAUUAACUCUUGAGCCAGGCUUUUGACACUUCAGUUCAGUUCAGUUCAGUCGCUGAGUCAUGUCCAACUAUUUGCGACCCCAUGAAUCGCAGCACACCAGGCCUCCC